GCUGCUCUCGCCUUCAGUGCAGAGUCCCCUUUGCUGGAAACUAGGCAGGCUUUUAUCCCCCCUGCUCUUCCUUGCCAGCCACUUCGAGAGGCAUUCUCACAUCUUCCUGGCCUCUGCUGUCCAGCUUUCAGGACCCAAUCUAACUUGUUUAAGCCUUGCCCUGCCAUGCCAUCGGGAAGUGUGCACAUCACUUUGCUUCUCCUGGCCCAAGUGGGUUUGUCACUCAGCCUGGAGGCCAUCCAGUGCCCACCUUGCUCUGAGGAGAAGCUGGCCCGAUGCAGGGCACCUUCAGGAUGCGAGGAGCUGGUCCAAGAGCCCGGCUGUGGCUGCUGUGCCACUUGCGCCCUGGCGAAAGGCAUGCUUUGUGGGGUCUACACCCCGCGAUGUGGGUCCGGUCUGCGGUGUUAUCCGCCACGGGGCAUGGAGAAGCCCUUGCAUACGCUUAUGCAUGGCCAAGGGGUGUGCAUGGAGCUGGCAGAAGUGGAAGCCAUCCAGGAGAGCAUCCAGUCCACAGAACUGGAGGAAGUUGUUGAACUCCCACAGCCCAACAACUUCAGCCCCUGCAGCAGCCAUGACAGAAAAUGCCUCCAGAAGCAGCAAGCAAGAGCACGUGAGAGGAUAAACAGUGGUGUCAAGAUGAGGAACAGUGGGAUCCUACCUAUCCGGGAGGAGACACGACCAGUGGUCCAAGGCUCAUGUCAAAGUGAACUUCAGAGAGCACUGGAGAGGUUAGCAGCAUCCCAAACCCGAACCCAUGAGGAUCUGUACCUAAUCCCCAUCCCCAACUGUGACCGCAAUGGGAACUUUCACCCCAAACAGUGUCACCCAGCAUUGGAUGGGCAACGAGGGAAAUGUUGGUGUGUGGAUCGGAAAACUGGAGUCAAGUUGCCAGGAAGUGUGGAGAUGAAAGGAGAUCUGGAUUGCCAUCAACCUGCAGAUGCCGUGCAGGAGUGACUGGGCUGAAGAGAAGCGGACACUGAGGCUUUCCUUGAUGAACUGUCAAGGAAACAAAUGGUGCUGUUUGAUGAGCAGAUGGAAUGCAAACUGGGGCUAUCACCAUGACACUUAUUUUUUUGUUCCCUGAGAUGGGAAUUGUAACAGCAGUAAUAUCAGCACACAUCCCUGUACAAACUUUAACUGCAUUAAUCAAUGAGGCUCAACCAGCCCUCAACUCUGGUAUAUAAUUUGGUUCCUAUAUAGACUUUGGAGAUUACAUGAUAACUGAUUACAAAACUUUCACACACACAAUCUGCAAGCUUUACGUAAUCUGAUGGGUCGAAAGAGGGAUUCCCCAAGUAAAUCUGCUUUUGCUUUCAGCACAAGAGACAGCAGAAUUGUGUAUUCUUUAAGGGUAUUUUUGCUGAGGGGAAACAAAAAAGAGGAAUAGAUGACCGGUGUGUUCUUCCUCACCCUUUUGUGGGGCUCCACACAACAAAAACCAAAUAGGCUCAACAAUGCCGGACCCUUCCCCAUCCUAGUAUACAUUGUUAUUUUGGGGAUAAGGGAUAGAUUAAACCAAGGAUGGGUAAAACCCAGCAUAAUUUAAAUCCAGAGCUGGAGUUUGUUUUCUGCACUGUGCAUUGCUCAGGCCUGGAACAUGUGAAGCAAUAAGGGUGAUUUUUGAACAUGUAAAUAGUGCACCUCCUAGAGCAAAACAACAAAAACAGCUUGUCUUGGGUUCCACUUUUCUGGAUUAGGAUGCAAGUUUUACAGUCAGAGGAAAGAAUGGGAUACUUCCGAACUGCCCGUCCACUCAGUCUCUUGGUCUUCAAUGAAAGGACUGGCUCGGCUUUGUUUUGUUUUUAAAUUCAGAAACAGAUAGAUGGAGUGGAUGUAUCAGCAGGGCAAUUCAUACCCUGAAACUAGGCUACUCUAAGUAAGUUUAAGAAUCACAAUUUUUGUCAAAACUAGUAAGGAAAAACAAACAAACAAAAUGCUUGUGUAUAAUCUGCACAAAAUUAUUUCCCACUCCAAACGGUGGGAAAUUCACUUUGGUGUUGGGUACAAUUGGGUGUACAUUUUUUAAAAAAAGAAAGGGUAUUUUCUUGAGCUUUGGAUUGUGAUGAUGGGUUUGAAAUAGUGAGUGCAGCGGAUAUUUCAGAAGCUAGAUGUGGGAGGUUACCAAGAUUUUUAUGGUUGCAAUGUUAGCACUUUGUCCCUCCUCAUAAUCGGCAGCAUUAAAUAAAAUAAGAAAAGUAUAUGCAGAAAUGGCUUAAUUGGUUUUCUUUAUAUACAAGGUGGGGGUUAGCUCUGUCCAGCAUAUAAAUUUGCUUUGCUGCAUAAAAUCCCACAUGCUCUGCUUUGAACUGGAAUAUAUGGCAGUGUGGACUCAGAUAACCUAGUUCAAAGCAGAUAUUGUGGGAUUUUCUGCCAUAAUAUUCUGGGUUAUAUGGCUAUGUGGAAGGGCCCUAAGCCAGUGGUCCUCAACCUAUGGGUCGCAGGUGCAACUCCCCAAACCCAGCCAGUUUACUAGCUGUUAGGAUUUCUGGGAGUUGAAGGCCAAAACAUCUGGGGACCCACAUGUUGAGAACCACUGCUCUAAGAGAAGAGCCAUGCAACCAAAAUAAGGAGUAAUAUUUGGGUUCGAUAUAGUUCCAAGCCAGCCUAGACCCUUAAAAACUUGAGGGAGUAAACAUACUAAGCUGUUUGUGGCACAGAGCAUCCAGUCCAGCAUCCAGAAGCAAAGUGAGCUUUCCCCCAGUAUGCAAACUUUGAGAAUAUAUAAGCAUUCUGGUUAUAUAAUAUAAAGGGUAGCAGCAUCACGUACAGAUUGUCACAGGCAUACAGUGAAAUGGCUCCCAUCGACCUAUGGAACCUUAUUUUAAGACCAGACCAAGCAUGCCAGGUAUAGGGACCAAUUUUCUAUCCUCCUGGAGGUGCUUGGCUUGCUAAAAAUCCCUCCCCUACAAAGCCAAUUAAUGUUAAGAAGCUCACUUCAGGCUUUGAAAAGAAAGCUAUUUUUGAUGUUAAAACAGGGCAUGGGAUUAUGACAAUGUACUAUAUUUAAAAGGUUAAUAUUGCAGUUUUAAGGGACUUCUAGGAGCAGCAGUUCAACCCUUUGGAGCCAGGACGUAGGGCCAUAAAAUGCAUCCUUGGAAGCCAUACAUAGUAAUAGGAUCAAACUUUUGGAUUUAAGAGUUCUCUCUUUAGCAUAAUAUCAGAAAGAUCAUAGACCCCCUUUACACUGCCAUAUAAAAUCCAGAUUAUCUGUAGUUUAGAGUCAUAUAGAAUCACUGACUUGGAAGAGACCUUGUGGGCCAUCCAGUCCAACUCCCUGCAAAGAUGCAGGAAAAUCACAUUCAAACCACCCCCGAUAGAUGGCCAUCCAGCCUCUGUUUAAAAGCCUCCAAAGAAGGAGCCUCCAUCUCACUCUGAGGCAGAGAGUUCCACUGCUGAAGAGCUCUCAGAGUUAGGAAGUUCAGGUGAAAUCUUUCCUGUAGUUUGAAGCCAUUGUUCCACAUCCUAGUUUCCAGGGCAGCAGAAAACAAGCCUACUCCCCCCUCUCUCACAUGUUUACACAUGGCCAUCAUGUCUCCUCUCAGCCUUCUCUUCUGCAGGCUAAACAUGCCCAGCUCUUUAAGCCGCUCCUCAUAGGACUUGCUUUCCCAAAUCCAGUUGAAAGCAAAUAAUGUAGAUUAUGUACUUUGAUAUUAUAUGACGGUGUAGAAGGGGCCUUAGUUUCCAUCAAGAAGGGACUGUAACAAUGGUGGAUCUAUUUUCUUGGCCAGUCCUAGUAUGUUCUAUGAAAUUGGAGUCACAGCUUGAUUAGAAGAGCUGCGGCUCAACUUCCUGUGAAAGUGUGGCUCCAUCUACACUUCUACACUUCCAUAUAAAAUCCAGAUUAUCCAGUGUAGUCUUAUAUAAUCCAGUUCAAAGCAGACAAUUUGGUUUGCCUGUUUUGAUAAUCUGGAUGAUCUGGCAGCCUUUGGGUACCAGAAAUCACAUGCUGGAAUAUUGUUCCAUGAAAGAAAAAUUACCCACAUGUUAAAAAGGGGAAUAUAUUUUAACUAAAGCCCCCUCACCUCCCCUUAAACACAAUAUUAAAUUAAAGUUUCUUUUUUUAAAGCCUAUUAUUAUUCCAAUAAUAUAGACAAUAUAAUAUGCAAUAACAAAACAAAAAUAUGUCACAUGGUAGCAACAAAGGCCUAGCAACAGAAAAUAUUUGAAAAUAAAAUAGAGCAAACAACAAACAGAAAAGGAACAAAAAGAAAAGAAAUGCUAAAGAACUUAUCCAAAGAAGGGCAGAAUAUCAAAUUUUAUCUUCAAACUUUUUCUUGCUCCAAGAAUCUGGCUGGCUCCAGCAAGACAAGGCGAGGUGAGGGAAGUAUAUUUUUCCCUUGUCAUUCUGGUUUUUACAUUUUCUCAUUUUUUUUCCGAAGGUUGGGGGAUGGUUGAAUACGUAUGAUCAUGAAAUUUCAACCUAAGAUUGUUGAUGCUACAAUUCCUAGAAUCCUCUAGCCACAGACAUACUGGUCGAGGAACUCAGGGAAUUGCAAUCCCCAAAUACUUACUUAGGCGAUCCCUCGUUGUCCGAGUAAGAUUGUUCUCCAAGUGCGGUGUCCUGGCGAUGGGUACGUAGGUGACUGUUGAGCCCUAUUCUUGACCUGCAUGUCCUUCUGCAAUAAGGGCAUCGGUUUCCAGGUGGAAGGUGGUCCCAGUCAGGGUUGGCUUGACACACCUUCCUCUUGGCACGUUUCUCUCUUUCACCCUCCAUUCGUGCCUCCUUAAAUUCUACAGCACUACUGGUCACAGCUGACCUCCAACGAGAGUGCUCAAGGGCCAGGGCUUCCAAGUUCUCUGUGUCUAUGCCACAAUUUUUAAAGUUGGCUUUGAGCCCAUCUUUAAAUCUCUUUUCCUGUCCUCCAACAUUACGUUUUCUGUUUUUGAGUUCGGAGUAGAGUAACUGCUUUGGGAGGCGGUGAUCAGGCAUUCGGACAAUGUGGCCGGUCCAGUGGAGUUGAUGGCAGAGGACCAUCACUUCAGUGAUGGUGGUCUUUGCUUCUUCCAGCAUGCUGACAUUUGUUGGCCUGUCUUCUCAAGAGAUUUGCAGGAUUUUUUGGGGGCAAUGUUGAUGGAAUCGUUCCAGGAGUUGCAUGUGACGUCUGUAGACAGUCUGCAUCUCACAGGCAUAUAGCAGGGUUGGGAGGACAAUAGCUUUAUAAACAAGCAUCUUGGUAUCCCUACGGAGUCCCAGUCCUCAAACACUCUGUGCUUCUGGGUUAUUGUAGGUUUUUCUGGGUUAUAUGGCUAUGUUCUAGAGACAUAUAGCUGAAACAGUUUUCAAAUGAUAUAACCAUUCACAGUAUGGUAUUGAUAAAACUGUCUCCAACUGCCAAAUUGAAGGGCUGCUUCUCUGUGCUGCCUCUAACCAUUUGGGCUGGUCAUAAACGAUCCAGGAGCCCCCAGUGGCGCAAUGGGUUAAACCCUUGCGCUGGCAGGACUGCUGACCAAAAGGUUGGUGAUUUGAAUAUGGGGAGUAGGGUGAGCUCCCGUCUCUGAGCUCCAGCUUCCCAUGAGGGGACAUGAGAGAAGCCUCCCACAGGAUGGUAAAACAUCCGGGCAUCCCCUGGGCAAUGUCCUUGCAGAUGGCCAAUUCUCUCACACCAGAAGCGACUUGCAGUUUCGAAAAUCGCUCCUGAUACAAAGUAAAUAAAUAAAUAAAAGAUCAAUUCAAACAUUUCAAUGUGGAGAAGAAAAAAACGGAGGGCCAAGCUGGAUGCAACUUUAACAUCAGCCGUGUCUGUGUAUUUGGAGAGCGUAAUGAACAGUGAGAAGGAAUUUAAAAGUUUCCUGUUGCAUUUCUCAGGAUAAUUCCCUUUCCAGAGGAAAUACAAUGAGAAAUUUCCUUCCAGUACAAGUUGGGUCCUCAGAUAAGGGAGUUUUCUUAGGGCUGUAGCAAUGGGAGAAAGAGAGAACCCUCCCACACUUGCAAAGGCAGCUCCUGCAAGCAGCGAUCAAAAGUGGAGAACCAAAAGAGCCGGCUUACCAUUAGAGUUGAAGAUGUUGGGGCAUUGGCAACUAUUGCUCUGAGCCCCCGUCUUUUCCUCUCUCUAGGUAUGGUAUCCUCAACCCUGAAAACAGGGCAGUACUAGGGUUAAAAUAAGAAUGAAACUUUUGCUUUGAUAUGUUUUAUGUGUGUGCACCAAAGAAAUUGUGUCCUUUGUCUCACAUGGUUAAAUAUUGUACUCGGAAUAACUAAGCAAAAGGAGGGAAAGUGUAUAGCUAAUGCUGAAUAUUGCUAGAAACAGCAAUCCAUGCCACAUGAUUUCCUUACAGGCCACAUGAUUUCCACCUCUAUCUUAACAUGCUUCAUUUUACCUUGGCACAUUUUAGUUCAGAAAGACUAAGGCUGAUUCUACAUUGUACAAUUAAUGCAGCGCAGCACCAUUUUAACUACCAUGGCUUAAGGUAAAGGUAUAGGUUUUCCCCUGACAUGAAGUCCAGUUGUGUCUGACUCUGGGGUGUGGUGUUCAUCUCCAUUUCUAAGCCGAAGAGUGGCGUUGUCCAUAGACACCUCCAAGGUCAUGUGGCCGGCAUGACUGCAUGGAGCACCGUUACCUUCCUGCCGGAGCUGUACUUAUUGAUCUACUCACAUUUGCAUGUUUUCGAACUGCUAGGUUGGCAGAAGCUGGGGCUAACAGCGGAAGUUCACACCGCUCCCCGGAUUCGAACCGGCAACCUUUUCGGUCAACAAGCUCAGCAGCUCAGUGCUUUAACCCACUGCGCCACCAGGGGUUUAGGAAUCGUGGGAGUUGUAGUUUGUCAAGAUACCAACAUUCUUUCCCAGAGAAACUUUCAUGUCAAACUAAAGCUCCCAUGAUUUCAAAGCAUUGAGCCAUGGUAGUUCAAGUGGUGUCAAACUGCAUUUAUUCUAGAGUGUAGACACACUCAAAAGAAUUUUUUGUUCAGAGAUAGCCGGUGCAAUGGGGAAGGGGAAGAGGAGACGGAGGAAAUUAAAGUUGCUUUUUGGAUAAUUUUUGAAAACCUGCAUUAAGAAUGUCUGUUUGCUUCCACUUCUGCUCUGCUUGUAUAUUUGUAAAUAAAGCAAAUGUUAAAAAGAAA